AUUAAGGUUGGCGAUUACUAAAGCUAACUACUGAUGUGCAGUUAGUUUCCAUAAGUGCUGCACGUUGUGAGCAAGGCAGCAUCCAGAGCUCGCGGUUUACCUGCGUUCAAGUGUACAGGCAAUGCAUUUUGUUUAGUGAAAAGUUAUAUAAUUACAAUACGGAAUCGGGAAUAUCAUAACUUAUCCAACGCUUUCAAAACUAAAAACUAAAGCAUGAACUUGCUGUAAUGGUAGCUAGUAACAGAGGGAUAGAUGGCUAGCUAGCUAGCUUGUUGCUAACGAGCCGUUGGUAAUGUUUCUUUGUCAGAGUAGUAGCUACAUAUUAUGCCAGCUAGCUUGACAAACUUACUUUGCACAGUAGUGUUACUAGCUAGCUACCAAGAGACUGUUAAGCUAAUGCAAUUCAUAGUUUGCGAGCUGAAUCAGAAAAUACGUUGGGACAGCUAAGCUAGCUAAUGGUCGCUAGUUAAGGUGCAGUUUAAGAACAGGUUGGGGGUUCCAGCAGGGCGACUUUUCUCAGCAGAAGAGCUGAUUAUUAAGGUGUGCAACAGGUGGCUGAUUCUUUUCCUGAAAAAUGGAUGGCAUGGAUGAUGACACCACUGUCUUUAGAACUUUAAAAUCAUUUAAAAGCUUCAUUUCUCAACCUGAGACCUCACAACAUGUGGCCGAGACCAGUAUGUCAAAGGGUGACCUUCAAAGGCAAUAUAUACAAAGGUUUGAGUUGGAAGGUGCCGCGGAAAAGAUCCACUCAAAGACUAACCUCCUGCAAAUGGUCCAGGAGAAGAAGCAGAUGGAGCUGAGUCAUAAGCGUGCCCGUAUUGAGCUGGAGAAGGCUGCUCACAUCAGUGCCCGGGACUUUGAGCGUGAGGUGGACCGGAACCAGGACUUGCUCACUCGCAUCAAAAAGAUGGAGGAAAGGGAGGCUGAGACUGAAAAGGUGCUGAAUGAGCAAAUUGAAAUGAACAAGACCCUCAAGAAGAACAUUGAGUCACAGAACAAGAAGCUCGACGAGAAGGACUCCAAGAUAGCGAAUGCCAACGAGACGCUGUGCGCUUCGCGAGAUGAGAUUCGGGAACUCAAUCACAGGAUUAAGAACCAGGAGAUGCAGCUGGCCGCCCAGGCCACCGAGAACGAGGGCCUGCAGGAACAAGCGCAGCUCCAGCACAAGAAGUAUCUGGAGGCCAGUCAGAAGUAUCAGUCCCUGCAGACUUCUGAGUGUCUGAACUCUGAGAACGAGCUGAAGAUUAAGGAGUUGGAGCGGCGCUUGGCCCUGCAGGAGCAGGACACUGUGAUAGUCAAGAACAUGAGGGCGGAGCUGGCUCGAGUGCCCGACAUGGAGAGGGAGCUGAAGCGACUCCGUGAGGAGAACAGCUACCUGAGGGAGACCAAGGAGAACAGCAGUCUGCUGAAGGAGGAGACGGAGGGACUGAGGCGGAAGCUGGAGCGUCUAGAGAAGAUCAGAGAGGACAUGGUCAACCUGGAGCUGGAGAAGGAGAAACUGUCAACAAAUCUCCAAGCCUGGGAGAAUUUAAGUCAGACAACUGGACUAAACAUCAGGAAACCGGAAGACUUGUCAAGAGAGAUCAUUCAGAUUCAGCAGCGAGAGAUCGACCUGAAGCAGCAGAACAGCUCCGUCACCAGCAGCGCGAGGGCGCUGGAGAAGGCCCGCACCCAGCUGCAGAACGAGCUGCUCCAGCUGCGCACCAAGUCCCUGGAGGAGCAGAAGAAGAGGGAGCAGCAGGAAGCCCUGGUCCGUCGCCUGCAGAAGAGGGUCCUGCUCCUCACCAAGGAACGGGACGGGAUGAGGGCCAUCCUCGAGUCUUACGACAACGAACUGGCCGCCAGCGAGUACUCCCCCCAGCUGACCCGCCGUGUGAGGGAGGCCGAAGACAUGCUGCAGAAGGCCCAGGCUCACAGCUCUGAGAUGGAGGCUCAGGUCUCCAAGGCACAAGAGGAAGCCGGCUCCUAUAAGCUCCAGGCUCAAACUGCGGAAAUGGAGCUGGAGGUUCUGAAGAAGCAGGCCAGCAGUGCGGAAAACAGCUCCUCCGUGGUGGGAGAGGAGGUCAGCUCCCUCAGACAGAAGAUUGAGGAGCUGGAGACGGAGCGUGGUCGCCUGGAAGAGCAGAAGAAUGUUCUGGAGAUGAGACUGGAGAGACACAACCUGCAGGGAGACUACGACCCCGUGAAGACCAAAGUGGUCCACUUCCGGAUGAACCCCACCAGCCUGGCCAAGCAGGAGCGGCAAGACGAGGCGGAGAAGCUGCGGGAGGAGUGCCAGCGCCUCCGUGAGCACGUCCGCACGCUGCAGGCAGGGGGCGCUGUGGCAGCCGAAGAGGGCGCCUUCAACCUCCCGCCCUCACAGGAAGUUCUAGAUUUGCGCAGACAGAUGGAGAGUGCGGAGUUGAAAAACCAGCGUUUGAAAGAGGUCUUUCAGAAGAAGAUCCAAGAAUUCCGCACCGUGUGCUACGUGCUGACCGGCUACCAGAUUGACAUCACAACAGAGAACCAGUACCGCCUCACCUCUGUGUACGCGGAACACAUGGAAGAUUCCCUGCUCUUUAAGGCCAGCGGCCCGGCGGGGGGGAGCAUGCAGCUCCUGGACACGGACUUCUCGCGAACCCUCAGGGAGCUGGUGGAGCUGCACCUCUUCCACCAGAACAGCAUCCCUGCCUUCCUCAGCUCCGUCACCCUCGACCUCUUCAGCCGCCAGACCAUGGCCUGACCUCCCGGGCCCGGCCACCGGGGGGCGCCUGGGAGCAUGGGAACGGCGCUGCCUGGGUGCCGUCACAUCAUGAGAAACGGGGGUAACGACGAGCAGAACGACGAGCGACGUAGCGCAAGUGAAUAUGAGAGUGCUGGAGUUUUCCCUGUUUGGGUUUGGCGGCCAUUUUGUGUGCCCUCCAAAGAUUGUUAAGGGCUGGUUUUGUGGACACAGGUUGAGCUUAGUCCUGGACUGAAUUUUGUUUCGUCUGGAGAAUCUCCAUUCAAAAUGCAAUUUGGUCUAGGACUUGACUUAAUUUGUGUCUAUGAAACUGACCUUAAAUUCAGAUAUGCUGUCCCUCGUAUUGCUUUGCUGUGUAUAAUUUCUUAGAAUUUUUUCAGAGUACAUACUGUACGACUGGUUCACCAAGGCUUCUUCAGUCAUAGGGCUGAGCAGAUGGCACAGAAUGUCCAAAACCGAGUGAACAAAUGAGGGGAAAAUAUCAAUGUAUGUGGUAAGCUUUCCGGAAAGUUUGAAAUAAAAAGGUUGUCAAUGAGAGGAUAUGAUUAAAACGCCUUUAUUAAAAAUGAAGACAUGAUUGUAUUUUCCUCAGAAUUGAUCGUUUUAAAAUAUAAGAACAUCUAUGCUCCCGUGUUUAUACUUGGGGUAUACAAUAUUUGAUGUAAUCUGUGGUCUGUGUGAUAUGAAUGCAGAAUGAUAAAAAUGCUGAAUUGUUAAAAUAAAAAUAAAAUAUUGGCUUGCCAUCUCAUCUGUGCAACUGUGUAUGCCAGACAGACCACUUUCAUUUUAGCUUAUUUUUCUGGGAUUCCUGUCUUUGUUGUGUGUCUAAAAAAAAAUUAAAUAUUAUUCUUAUCAGUUGAAUUUGUCACUAAGUACCUUGCGAGUGAUUGGGGACGAGGCGGGACUGAAGGAUAUGGGGCCUAGUCUCAGUCUCUCAUUGUACUCUGAUAGUAAUCCCUGAGACCUUCUCUGCUUCCCAGUGCUUAUAUGUCACAGCCUGUCCCUGGAUAAGCAGGCAGGAGUGGCCUUAUGCCCCUGCACGCAUACUGACACAUCCCCUCAGGCGUUUGCCUGUGGUCCCUCAUCUUAAUCCCCAGUGCUGCUGGGGCGUGUGCAGUCUCUGAAUCCUCAUCACUCCAAAGAGUCCAUCUCAGAGAGCCUUCGAUAACAAACUCCUCCGCCCUUAUCAAAGGGGGACUUAAUCAGGGAGAGGUUAUUGCUUCUUCUCGUCUUAUUGUUUCUUACAUUUCACGUGUACGGCGGUGUCAGCGAGUAUUCGGCACAGCAAGCAAAAGAAGCGGUUUGUGCAACAUGACACAUUAUUAUAAAUCAUGGAUGUGUCGCGGACAGCUCCCACCCGAUACAACGGGAGAUGCGAAUAUAUUUUAAUAAUUCACUGUCGGAGCAGGCUGUUGUCUCCCCCCACUCACUUGUGUAUCAGAUGUUUCCAGUGUAGAUGGAUGGUGUAGAUGACAGAAAUACCCACAGAUCCAUUAUUCAAGGGCUGAAUGUGUUCUCUGUGUAUGUGAGCUAUUGCAUGAGGUGUACAUGUCCUUUGUCAUUCUCUUAUUCUGCUUUUUGGUAUCAGUUUUUUCACAUGCUGUGGGUGCAGUGUCAUGAUAUAAACUGUAUUAAUAGAGGCCAGUUGUGCUGCCACUGUGGAUAUGGUGUGUGAACCCUGACAAAAUAUUUCUUAAGUCAUUAAAAAGAUGUUUAAAUUGGAA